AGGAGAAGCCUGAACUACCUGUAGCAGUCUGUUUCUAGUGAAUGUAAAGCAAAAUAAAAGUGUAUCGAAUAGAAAUCUUAGAAUAGAAAAGAGAUCCGUGAACAAUCAUUGACAUAAUGUAUGCUAAUUACACAAAAAAUCGUCAGAAAGCAAAUCGUCAAUGAUGAAUUGUUGCAACAAAGCAUUCCAUCAAAUAUCGUAUUGCAAAGUAACGAUAUUGUUGUAGCUACAACUGUGACAACAUCAAUUUCGUUAGAAUAGUAUAAAACGCAGUAGAUUAUAUUUCUAUAAAUAUUUGUUUAAAUAAAAAAAAAAAGAAUAAGAGGAAAUAAAAAUGACAAUUGAUUUGUCGACUGUGCCGCUUGUUGCAGCCACUGUUGCGAGCAGACAAGUUAUCGCAACAAUGUUAAAUCCUGUGAAGGUUUUACCAAGCGAUAACGGUUUGCCAAGGGAUUGGAGAGGUUUGGCGCAUCAGUUAGAAUUCAACUCAAAAUUCGUGUCAAUGCUUGUGUCACAUUCUGAUCCAACAAUGCGCAUAUUCACAGAGUUGACAGACAAAAAUAAAAAAGAUUUUACAAUAAAAGAUUUUCAAGCAAUGAUGGAACAGAUGGAUAGAUGGGACAUUAUUGAUGACACUGAAGCUUUGUUCCAUUUUUUUAUUGUUGUAGAAAGUGAUGCUGAGAAGUAUUUGGAGCAUCAACAAAGAGCUCAAGUGUCAGCAGAUCCGAUGGACGAAUGUACCGAUAAAAAAAUACUUACUUUAGAUGAUAUUCACAGAUUAAAGCAAGGUUUAGCACCGCAAUAUUACGAUGCAUUUCUUUUAUAUGCAGAAGAAGAUAUUGUUUUUGUGAAGGAGAUGAUUGAGAAGCUUGAGAUACAAUUUAAGCUAAAGUUGUGUUUGAAAGAUCGAGAUUUGGUAGCUGGUUUAGAAUUCGAACAUGAAGCAGUAAUGGAGUUAAUAUCGGAACGAUGUAAUAGAUUACUCAUUAUAGUAUCACCGAAUUUAAUGACACACUCAGCAAACAAAUUUUUUUUAAACUAUACUCAAGCUUUAAGUAUCGAAAAGCGACAAAGAAAAAUUAUACCAUGUAUAUAUAAAAGCUGUGAUUUGCCAUUUCAACUGAAAUAUAUAUUUAAUUUGGAUUAUAAUCGUAAAGGAUUAUUUGAUUUUUGGGGCAGAUUACGUGAUUCUAUACAAACUUCAAAUUCUACUGCUACAAGCAGUUCAACUCAAAUAGGAAAUAGUAGUAUAACGCAAGAGACUACAGAAAUAAAGAAAACUUUCUCCGAUAAGUACAUUGACGAACCUUACAUUACUCAAAAAACAAGUGAAGCAUUAAUAUUUCCACAACAGAAGAGUGAAAAUUGUAAAGAUGAAGUUAUCGCAAAAGCAAUAAGUGAUAUAGAAACUUUAAAUGUUAAUAAUAAAAAGAACAAGACGUUAUUACGAUGGGAAAAUAUUACUUCAAAUUUUAAGACGAAGCAAACUAAGAAAAGUGAUCAGUUAACUACAGAAGCAAUUGUUCAAAAUCUACCAUCGGUGGAUAACUUAGAUAGCUUAGAUUUAUCAAGUACUCACGUAUAUGAGAAAAAGAAGAAAAAUUUAUUUAGCAAGUUCAUAAAGAAAAAAAUUCUCGUGAAGACUUGAUGACAAUCUUUAUACAAAGAAUAUAUAUAAAAAUCAUAUAUAUUUUUGUAUGUGCAGAAAUACAUUUAAAUGUUUACAAUUUAAUAGAUUUAUGAAGAUAUACACUCAAAAUGAGUUUUACAUAUAACAAUUGUACAUGUGUGUUGCCAGAAGAAUAAAGUGUAAAGAAUAUUACGGAUGAACGAUAUAAUAUGUAUUUAUUAUUUUUGAAAU